AAGAGGUGGGGCCUUACCAACUGUUGCAGUAACCUAUGUUGAGUCAGUGAAACUACCGAGGGCAGAGCAAGCACAUUUCCUUGUUCAGGAUUACAAAGCAGCCACAGUAGAAACAUUUCCGAGUUUCGACUGAUUGAUUUGGUUUAAGGUGAAUGUCUUCCCUGGAUUGUAUGUUUCACUCAGAAAUUGGAAAUAAAGAAGAAAAUGACUGUUACUGUACUCUCAGUGAUCAGAGCGGUGAGGUCCCUGAUGGUAGCUACCUGGACUGUGAGAUUGUCUAUAGCGAGUCAGAACUCUUUCCUGAUGAGGAUGUGAUAACGUUGGCUCAGCAAGAGCAUCAACAUGAGUCAGACAUGGAUAGUGCCAUUGAAACUGCAAGCAACUCUGAAGCUUCUGAUGUGUGCCGAAGUGAUGACAAAGACAGUGGACUUGGGAGUCUCUUCCUUCCAGGAAGAAAACUGAAGAAGCACAAUCCAUCUGCAGCAUCAGACCUCUCAACUCACUCCACAGCCUCUCUCAUCAGCAGUGAAGAACAGUUUGAAGACUAUGGAGAAGGAGAUGACGCAGAUUUUACCCCCAGCAGCCCUUGCCCCGACGAUGAAACAAGGACCAAUGGCUUUUCAGAUCUGGGAUCAUCAGUUUCUUCCAGUGCUGGGCAAACACCACGGAAGACAAGGCAUGUUUAUAAUGGGGAGCUGCUAGAUGUUUACUGCACUCAGUGCUGCAAGAAAAUCAACCUUCUCAAUGACUUAGAAGCAAGGCUAAAAAACUUGAAGGCUAACAGCCCAAAUCGAAAAAUAUCAAGUACAGCUUUUGGAAGACAGUUGUUCCAUAACAGCAAUUUCAGCAGUAGUAAUGGCAGUACAGAAGAUCUGUUUAGAGACAGCAUUGACUCUUGUGACAAUGACAUCACUGAAAAGGUGAGCUCUCUGGAAAAAAAAGUAACAGAGUUAGAAAAUGAUAGUUUGGUGAACGGAGACUUAAAAAGCAAACUGAAACAAGAGAAUACGCAUCUGGUUCAUAGAGUUCAUGAAUUGGAAGAGCAGAUGAAAGACCAAGAAACCAGGGCAGCAGAAACCCUAGAAGAGGAGAUAAAGAGACACAGAGAAGCAUAUAGCAAACUGGAGAGAGAAAAGAGCACAGAAAUUGAACUAUUAAAUACAAGAGUUCAACAACUUGAAGAUGAAAACACUGACCUUAAAACAACUGUUUCAAGAUUAAAGUCACAGUCUGAAAAACUAGAUGAGGAAAGACAACGAAUGUCAGACAAGCUCGAAGAUACUAGUUUGCGGCUACAAGAUGAGAUGGAUUUAUAUAAAAAGAUGAUGGACAAAUUAAGACAAAAUCGACAUCAGUUUCAGAAAGAAAGAGAUGCAACAACAGAGCUGAUCGAGGAUUUAAGGAGAGAAUUGGAACAUCUUCAGGUCUUUAAAUUAGAAUGUGAACGGUCUGGUCGAGUAAGAAUUCCUUCUACUGGCCUGAGUGAAUAUAAUGCAAAGACAAAGGAAUCUGAACUUGAACAAGAAAUUAAACGAUUAAAGCAGGAAAAUCAAAAGCUGCGUGACCAGAAUGAUGAUCUAAAUGGACAAAUCCUCAGCCUGAGUCUUUAUGAGGCCAAAAACUUGUUUUCUACACAGACAAAGGCCCAGUCGCUUGCUGCAGAAAUUGACUCGGCCUCAAGAGAUGAGCUUAUGGAAGCCCUUAAAGAACAAGAAGAAAUCAACUAUAGACUGAGGCAAUACAUGGACAAGAUAAUAUUGGCAAUUUUGGAUCACAACCCUUCCAUCUUGGAAAUUAAAACUUAAAAACAACUACAUUCAUCACUGGAUUAAAACAGGAAGAGUUAUCAUACCUACAAACAUGAAAGGACCCAUCCACCUCCCAGAGACUAUAAAGUGAAAUGUUUUGUGUUUGUGUCAUCUCUGGUACACUUAUUUAUUAUCUGUGAAUCAUUAGUAUAUAACAUUUUUCAGAUAUUUCUGCACUUUUUUCAGUUCCUGUGAAUUGACUGCAAUUUUGUAUGUGACAUGCAUCACUGAAGUAUUAUAGCUGGAACAUGCCACUUUAAAAUACUGGAAAAAUAUACUACCUCUGUCUUUAACGUAAUAAACAGAGAUAUUUAAACUUACUGUUAGAUAAAGGUCCCGUGACCCUGAACAGAGUAAAGCAGGUAAAAAUAUGAAUGAAUGAAUGUUAUAUGACGGCCCUGAAUUCUAGUCACUUACUAGAUUACAGCAUUUGUGUGUGUCCUGGCUCAGGCAGAGGUACUCACUCACCUGAACAAAGCCUUGACAUGGAUUUCAAAUGCAAUAAUGUGCAACUUAAUUUGAUAGGUCCUUGAUAAAAAAGUAGAAGGUUUAGAAAAUUUACAUCAUGUGACAAUAUGACAAAAGACUGAGUAAAUAACUAAUUAUGAAAUACAAUGUAUGUAAUAAAUGUAUAUGAACUACA